GUACAUUAUUAAAAUCUUCAGUAAAGUUUAUUUAAAAAAAAAACCCAUAUUUAAUUUCUGGGAAAGAAUACCAAUACAACAACGACGGACGCAUUUAAUUAAAAUAAUACUGUACAAAUCUCCUUCCUCAAACCCCUCUACACACAGACGACAUCGUCAUCUUCCCCCUUUUUAAUUUUCUCUCUCCUAAUUUUCUCUUUCUUCUUCGAUCCUUCUUCUUCAACCUCGUGUGCAAUCGGAUCAGAUUCGACGAAAUGGAUAAUGAUGAUAGAUGUUGUUCUACCCAGCUGAUCGAUGGAGAUGGUAUGUUCAAUGUAGCUGGGCUCGAGAGUUUUUUGAAAGGAGUAAGGCUGGCAGAAUGUGGGCUUUCAUAUGCCAUAGUCUCCAUCAUGGGUCCACAAAGCAGUGGGAAAAGUACGCUAUUGAAUCAUUUAUUUGGAACCAACUUCAGGGAGAUGGAUGCAUUUAGAGGAAGGUCUCAGACAACCAAAGGUAUUUGGUUAGCAAAUUGUGUUGGGAUUGAGCCCUGUACUCUAGUUAUGGAUCUGGAGGGUACAGACGGUAGAGAGAGAGGAGAGGACGAUACUGCUUUUGAAAAACAAAGUGCCCUCUUUGCCCUUGCUGUUUCUGAUAUAGUGCUUAUAAACAUGUGGUGCCAUGACAUAGGGCGUGAGCAGGCAGCAAAUAAACCGCUAUUGAAGACUGUUUUCCAAGUGAUGAUGCGAUUGUUUAGUCCUCGUAAAACAACUCUGAUGUUUGUGAUACGUGAUAAGACAAGGACGCCCCUUGAAAAUCUUGAACCAGUUCUGCGAGAAGAUAUUCAAAAGAUAUGGGAUUCAGUUCCUAAGCCACAAGCUCAUAAAGAUACACCCCUGAGCGAAUUUUUCAAUGUUGAAGUUGUCGCUCUUUCCAGUUAUGAAGAGAAAGAAGAGCUUUUUAAAGAGCAGGUUGCUAAUUUGAGACAGAGAUUCUACCAAUCUAUAGCUCCUGGCGGGCUUGCUGGAGAUCGCCGGGGAGUCGUGCCUGCUUCUGGCUUUUCUUUCAGUGCUCAACAGAUAUGGCAAGUUAUCAAGGAAAACAGGGACCUUGACCUUCCUGCUCACAAAGUCAUGGUGGCUACAGUUCGCUGUGAAGAAAUUGCCAAUGAAAAGUAUAGCAACUUUACCCAAAAUCAGGAUUGGCUUCAGCUGGAGGAGGCCUCACAAUCUGGCCCUGUUGCUGGAUUUGGAAAGAAGCUAAGUGCAAUUAUUGGGAACUGUUUGUCUGAGUAUGAUUCAGAGGUCAUAUAUUUUGAUGAGGGUGUUAGAACUUCCAAGAGGAGGCAUUUAGAAGAUAAAUUACUGCAACUUGUUCAACCGGCUUUCCAUUCCAUUUUGGGACAUGUACGGUCUGAAACAGUAGAGAAGUUUAAGGAAGCGUUUGACAAAGCUUUGAGUAGCGGGGAAGGGUUUUCUGCUGCUUCACACAGAUGCAAACAGACAUUUAUGAAUCUAUUUGAUGAAGGAUGUGCAGAUGCUGUGAUUGAACAAGCAAGCUGGGAUACUUCUAAAAUGAGGUCCAAGCUUGUCCGUGAUUUGGAUGAAUAUGUUGCUACUGUUCGUGCUGCCAAAUUGGCUGAACUUACUUCCAGUUAUGAGGCAAAAUUAAACGAGGCUCUUGCAGGGCCUGUUGAGGCACUUUUGGAUGGUGCAAAUGAUGAGACCUGGCCAUCAAUUAAAAAACUUCUUCGACGUGAGACUCAGUCAGCAGUUUCUGGCCUAGCUAAUGAUCUUUCUGGUUUUGACUUGGAUGAGGCAACCAGAGGCAAAAUGUUAGCAAGAUUAGAGGAUUAUGCAAGAGGUGUGGUUGAGGGAAAAGCCAAGGAAGAAGCAGGAAAGAUAUUGAUACGUAUGAAGGAUAGAUUCACAAUGUUGUUUAGCCACGACUCCGACUCAAUGCCGCGGGUUUGGACUGGGAAAGAGGAUAUUAAGGCUAUUACAAAACUUGCUCGUUCUGCGUCCCUUAAACUGCUCUCUGUUCUGGCUGCAAUACGGUUGGAUGACGAAUCUGAUGAUAUUGAUAAAACAUUAGUUCUUGCUUUAGUGGAUAAAAGUAAUUCUACUGACAGGAGUCUGACAGUGUCAGAUCCGCUAGCAUCAAGCAGCUGGGAGAAGGUUCCAUCAUCGAAGACACUGAUAACUCCUGUCCAAUGCAAACAAUUGUGGAGGCAAUUCCAGAUGGAGACAGAAUAUACUGUUAGUCAGGCCAUUGCUGCUCAGGAGGCCAGCAGGCGUAGCAACAAUUGGUUGCCACCUCCAUGGGCAAUUGCUGCCAUGCUCAUUUUAGGUUUUAAUGAGUUCAUGACUCUUUUAAGGAAUCCUCUUUAUCUUCUCGUCCUCUUUGUUGCCUUUCUAGUAAGCAAAGCAUUGUGGGUGCAAAUGGAUGUAUCAAAUGAAUUCCGUCAUGGCGUUCUGCCUGGAUUCCUUUCCUUGUCAACUAGAGUUUUACCCACUGUUAUGAACAUGCUCAAAAACUUAGCGGAGCAAGGAAACAGACCAGCAACUGCUGGUGCUCACACAAAUCCACCCCUAGCAGCUAACAGCUUCAGAGGUGGUGUAAAUUCUGACGGUGUUUCAUCGACUGGUUCUUCCCAUGUAACAACAAAUGAAAACGGAACAGAGUAUUCAAGUGCUUCAAAGGAAGAUUAGAUGGAUGAGUUUGAUUGCAUGGAGGAAACGUUCUGAGACUCUGAUUUACCCCUAUAAGCUUGUGCUGCUUCUUAAUCGAGGGAUGCAGAUUUGUACUUGGUCAUAUAUGCCUACCAUUAUAGCGAGCUGUAUGAAACACAGAUGAUGAUUGGUUGGAGGCAUCGAUUUUUGUCUACAUGCCACAUGCACAGGUCCUGGGUCUCUAAUGGAGAACCCGUUGAUAUAAUUUUUUUUUUUCGUUUUCCUUGUUCUCUUUUUCUCCCCCCUCCUCGCGUGUUAUGGGUCUGUUAGAUGAUGAUCCUGUAUGGUUUGUGGCUUAGGGUUUUGGUUCAUAUGUCUAAAAUGGUUGUGCCUCAGCUUGUCAUUUUUUUGUAAAAGUUCCAUUGUAUCUUGAAAAGAAACUUUCUUACCUAAUACGUAGUAGUUGAGAUCUUGAGAAUGAUAUGAGCAAUUAUAUAAGUGCACGGAUAUAUUGGAUUAAGAUUUGUUAUCUAAA